UUGUGCUGCUGCUCCUAUUUUCAGUCUGAAGAGAAUUAUCGACACGACAAGUGGUGAAUUAUAAUCCCGUUCGACUGUGGUGAAGUGUUGCUUUCAAUUUUGAAAUAGCGCCUCUACGCUUAACUUCAAGCAUUCUGAGAUUUUCUCAAAAAAACAUUAGAGGCUAACAUAAAUAACAUCAUUAUCGAAAGGUGCACUGCAUUUCAUGGUGAAUAGUAAUUUUGACCGAGCACCACAAUGGCUGAAGCCGAAGGAGGUUCCGAGCAGGAUGAUGUUUCAUUUCUGCGAACGGAAGAUAUGGUUUGUCUCUCAUGUACCGCAACUGGUGAACGCGUCUGUUUAGCAGCUGAAGGAUUUGGUAAUCGCCAUUGUUUUUUGGAAAAUAUAGCGGACAAAAAUAUUCCGCCAGACCUAUCCCAAUGCGUUUUCGUAAUUGAGCAGGCACUAUCAGUUCGAGCAUUGCAAGAAUUAGUAACUGCGUCUGGAUCAGAAACUGGAAAAGGAACUGGUUCUGGUCACAGGACAUUGCUUUAUGGUAAUGCUAUACUUUUGCGGCAUCACAAUAGUGAUAUGUACCUAGCAUGCCUUUCCACUUCUUCCUCAAACGAUAAGCUGUCUUUUGACGUUGGAUUGCAAGAACAUAGCCAAGGUGAGGCUUGCUGGUGGACAGUACAUCCUGCAAGUAAACAAAGGUCUGAAGGCGAGAAAGUACGAGUGGGUGAUGAUCUAAUUUUAGUUUCUGUAGCCACCGAACGAUAUUUGCACACCACUAAAGAAAACGAACAGUCAAUUGUUAACGCCAGUUUUCAUGUAACACACUGGUCGGUUCAACCUUAUGGUACUGGUAUAUCACGAGUUAAAUAUGUUGGAUAUGUUUUUGGCGGUGAUGUUUUACGAUUUUUUCAUGGCGGUGAUGAAUGUUUAACUAUACCAAGUACAUGGGGUCGUGAAGCAGGCCAAAACAUUGUUGUGUAUGAGGGUGGCUCAGUAAUGUCGCAAGCUCGUUCGUUAUGGCGUCUCGAAUUGGCACGCACUAAAUGGACCGGUGGCUUUAUUAACUGGUACCAUCCAAUGCGCAUACGUCAUAUUACCACUGGACGAUAUCUUGGUGUGAACGAAAAUAACGAAUUAGUUUUGGUGAAAAAAGAGGAAGCAUCUAUUGCAUCAACGACUUUCUGCUUAAGACAGGAAAAAGACGACGAGAAAAAAGUACUGGAGGACAAAGAUCUAGAAGUUAUCGGUGUACCUAUCAUUAAGUAUGGUGAUACCACUGUUAUUGUGCAACACUGUGAGUCCAGCCUAUGGCUCAGCUACAAAAGCUAUGAAACUAAGAAAAAGGGUGUCGGCAAAGUGGAAGAAAAACAAGCAAUUCUCCAUGAAGAGGGAAAAAUGGAUGAUUGUUUAGAUUUUUCACGAUCUCAAGAAGAGGAAUCCAAAACUGCGCGGGUUAUUCGAAAAUGCAGUAGUCUUUUUACACAAUUCAUCAAUGCUUUGGAAACACUACAAUCUAAUCGACGACAUUCAAUAUUCUUUCAAAAAGUAAACUUAAACGAAAUGGUCAUGUGCCUUGAGGAUUUAAUCAAUUACUUUUCGCAGCCUGAAGAUGACAUGGAACACGAAGAGAAGCAAAAUCGGUUUCGAGCACUUCGAAAUCGGCAGGAUCUCUUUCAGGAAGAAGGCGUUCUAAAUCUAAUAUUAGAAGCUAUUGAUAAAAUUAAUGUAAUCACUUCACAAGGAUUUUUGGCCAGUUUUUUGGCGGGUGAUGAGACUGGUCAAAGUUGGGACCUAAUAUCGACAUAUCUUUAUCAACUAUUGGCAGCAAUAAUUAAAGGAAAUCAUACUAAUUGUGCGCAAUUUGCCAACAGUAACCGCCUAAAUUGGCUAUUUUCACGAUUAGGUUCACAAGCAUCUAGUGAAGGAUCCGGCAUGUUGGAUGUGUUGCACUGUGUUCUUAUUGACUCUCCAGAAGCACUGAACAUGAUGCGCGAUGAACAUAUUAAAGUAAUAAUUUCCUUACUUGAAAAACAUGGGCGAGAUCCCAAAGUUCUUGACGUACUAUGUUCACUGUGCGUAGGCAAUGGAGUGGCGGUUAGAUCAUCCCAAAAUAAUAUAUGCGAUUUUCUGUUGCCUGGAAAAAAUUUAUUAUUGCAAACGCAGCUUGUGGAUCACGUAGCCAGCAUACGUCCGAAUAUAUUUGUUGGUCAAGUAGAUGGAUCUGCGAUGUACCAAAAGUGGUACUUCGAAGUCACUAUGGAUCAUAUUGAACAAACUACUCACAUGAUGCCGCAUUUGAGAAUUGGAUGGGCUAAUACCUCUGGCUAUGUUCCUUACCCAGGUGGUGGUAAAAAGUGGGGAGGAAACGGUGUAGGUGAUGAUCUUUAUUCCUUCGGUUUUGACGGCGCCCAUUUAUGGACGGGUGGUCGUCGAACUUUGGUUGUUAACGACUUACCCCAGGAACCAUAUAUUCGAAAAGGAGAUGUUAUUGGCGUUACUAUAGAUCUUUCAAUACCUAUUAUUACAUUUUCUUUUAACGGUAGCAAGGUUCGCGGUUGCUUCAAGGAUUUUAAUUUGGAUGGGAUGUUCUUCCCUGUAAUGAGUUGUUCUUCAAAGUUGAGUUGCCGCUUUCUUUUUGGUGGAGACCACGGCCGUUUAAAAUUUACCCCACCUCUGGGAUUCUCCCCAUUAGUUCAGUGUUUGAUGCCACAUCAAAAUCUAAGCUUGGAUCCUUGUUUUUACUUUGGAAACUUAAAUAAAAAUGUUUUAGCCGGACCGUGGCUAAUCGAAGAUGACACUGCAUUUGUACCUAACCCUGUUGACACUUCUGGUGUCGCACUUCCUUCCUCUGUGGAUCACAUAAAGGAAAAACUAGCAGAAAACAUCCAUGAAAUGUGGGCACUGAACAAAAUAGAAGCAGGCUGGUCUUGGGGAGAGCACAGAGAUGACUACCAACGAAUACAUCCAUGUCUUACUCAUUUUGAAAAACUACCUUUACCAGAGCGUCGGUACGAUAGUCAAUUGGCGGUGCAAACACUUAAGACCAUAAUAGCUCUUGGAUAUUAUAUUACUAUGGAUAAGCCGCCUGCCCGUAUUCGUCCCAUCCGAUUACCAAAUGAAAUUUUUAUGCAGGCUAAUGGCUACAAACCUGCUCCCUUAGAUCUCAGUGCAGUCACACUUUCUCCAAAAUUGGAGGAAUUAGUAGACCAGUUGGCUGAAAAUACACAUAAUUUAUGGGCUCGCGAGAGAAUCCAACAAGGUUGGACUUAUGGACUCAAUGAAGACUCCGAAAAUCACCGCAGCCCACACUUGGUGCCUUACUCAAAAGUAGAUGAAGCCAUUAAAAAAGCAAAUCGUGAUACCGCUUCUGAAACAGUACGUACUCUCUUGGUUUAUGGAUAUAUGUUAGAUCCACCAACAGGUGAAGGCAAUGAGGGAUUAUUAGCUGAGGCGCAACGAUUAAAAUUUGCUGCUUUUCGCACUUAUCGCGUCGAACGGAAUUAUGCCGUCACAUCUGGAAAAUGGUACUUCGAGUUUGAGGUUCUUACAGCAGGUCCAAUGCGUGUAGGAUGGGCUAGAGCAGACUGUCAUCCAGGGACCAUGUUGGGCAGCGACGACUCCAGUUGGGCUUUUGACGGACAUAACGUGACAAAGAUGCACGGCGGAUCAGUGGAACACUUUGGUGUUCGGUAUGAGGAAGGCGACGUUAUUGGUUGUUUUAUCGAUGCCUUGGAGAGGACCAUCAGUUUUUCACUUAACGGAGAACUUCUUAUGGACGCUUUAGGUGGUGAAACAACUUUUGCAGAGGUGUCUGCAGAAGGAGUAGGAUUUGUACCUGCUUGCACCCUGGGUGUGGGACAAAAAGCACGUUUAAUAUAUGGGCAAGAUGUGGACUCGCUGAAGUUUUUUACUACAUGUGGCCUACAGGAGGGCUAUGAGCCGUUUUGCGUUAAUAUGCGUCGCCCAGUAACUCAUUGGUACACCAAAGAUCAACCAAUUUUCGAAAACACUGAAGAAAUGCCUGACUGUCGAAUAGAUGUUACACGUAUCCCAGGAGGGGCAGACACCCCACCACAUUUGAAAAUAUCUCAUAAUACGUUUGAAACAAUGGAAAAGGCAAAUUGGGAAUUUUUACGACUUUCUCUGCCUGUUACUUGCAUGAGUCAAUUUAUAACUGAGUUAGAAAAGACUCGUCGAUGGGAAGAAAUUAAAAUACGGCAGUAUCAAUUACAACGCGAAGCUCAAGAUUUAGCUAUUCAACAACAACAACAAGCUGCUGCUAACGUAGAUCAUAUGUUGAAAGGUGGCUUCACCAUGAGCGAUAUUAAAGGUCUUCAUCAAAAUUUUGAUGACGCGGUGGAAUCAGAAGAACAAUUGGCACGCAGUCCCGCAAGACCACCUCGUCGAAGUUCCUUGACACGUAAUAUAACUUUCGAGUCAGACGUGGCGACCGACAUGCGAGGAUCUACUGCGUUUGAUAUGGUAAACGGUAUUAAUGGAUUGAAUGGAAUUGAUGAAGGAAUUGAUGAUAAGAAAAAACGUGGUCGAAGCCCUUUUAAAUUUUUCUCCAAGAAAUCGCGGGACCAAAGUAGAGAUAAAACAGGUAGCACAUUCCAAGAAACAUCACUCGAACGUAGAAAUACUGUUGCACAUGGUCGCAAUGUUGUAAAUGCUCAAUUAUCCACAAAAACACCAACUCUUCGCUUGAAUAAUGCCGAUAUACCGAUUUCUCCAAUUCAACAAGGCCCUAAGCAGCUGACCUCUACUACUUUGGGGCAACCAACUAUAGAAUCAUCUGGCAACGAAUUAUUUGACACUGAGUGUUUGAAGUUAAUAAAUGAAUACUUUUACGGUGUUCGGAUAUUUCCUGGACAAGAUCCAACACAUGUCUAUGUCGGUUGGGUUACAACACAAUAUCAUCUUCACAGUAAGGAGUUUAACAAAUCAAAAGUACGAUGUGGUUCCGUUGUUAUUGAAGACGAAUAUGAAGUUAUUAUAGAUCGUAUUGAUAGACAGAGUUGCUACGUUGUAAGAGCUGAUGAACUUUUUAAUGAAGUAACGCAAGAUUCUUCCGGAAAAGGCGCCUCUCAGGGAAUGUUUAUUGGAUGUUUUGUGGACACCUCGACGGGUAUUAUUCGUUUCACUUGUGAGGGGAAAGAGACUGCUCACCGCUGGAUGAUGGAACCAGACACAAAGCUUUUUCCAGCAAUAUUUGUGGAAGCAACGAGUAAAGAAAUUUUACAGAUUGAAUUGGGGCGUACAUCUACAACUUUACCUCUUUCUGCUGCUGUUCUCCCUACAAGCGAUAAGCAUAUUAAUCCUCAGUCUCCUCCUCGCCUUAAGGUACAGUGUCUCCGGCCUCAUCAAUGGGCACGUGUUCCAAACACUGCUCUGCAAGUGCACGCUCUCAAACUUUCCGAUAUAAGAGGUUGGUCUAUGUUAUGCGAAGAUCCAGUAUCAAUGCUUGCCCUUCACAUACCCGAAGAAGAUCGCUGCAUUGACAUUUUGGAGUUAAUAGAAAUGGACAAAUUAUUAUCAUUUCAUGCUCAUACCCUUACAUUAUAUGCUGCACUUUGUUACCAGUCAAACUAUCGCGCUGCUCAUGCUCUUUGUCAGCACGUUGACCAAAAACAGCUUCUGUACGCAAUAAGGUCGGAAUACAUGAGCGGACCUCUUCGACAAGGAUUUUAUGACCUGUUAAUUGCACUUCACUUGGAGUCACAUGCCACUACAAUGGAAGUAUGUAAGAAUGAAUACAUAAUUCCACUUGGCACUGAGCUAAAAGAAUUAUACAGCGAUGAUGAAAUGUGCCACUCGUUGCGCUCACUUAUAACAGAGUCGGUGCGCCCCCAAAUGCGAAUGACGGAUAUUACACCCCCAGUAUAUAGCCAUACAUCUAGUUUACCAAGUGUUUCCAGUGAACCAAUACCCAACAUCGAUCAACUGUACUCUCCGAAAUUUCCACUUGAAGUAGUAAGAGAGUUUGUAAUGGAGGCAUUGAAAGAAGCAGUUGAAGUCAAUCAAGUUCACAACCGUGAUCCAAUUGGUUGGACUAAUGAGAAUCUAUUCUUACCACUUCUUAAGCUUACUGAUCGAUUAUUAUUAGUUGGCGUUCUUACGGAUGUGGAUGUACAAAAGCUACUCAUUAUGAUUGAUCCUGAAACUUGGGAUAUCACAUUUGAAAAAGACGGCAAAGAUGAACAUCGGAAAGGCCUGUUGACGAUGAAAAUGGCCGAAGGAGCUAAGCUUCAAAUGUGUUACCUCCUUCACCACCUUUACGACAUACAACUGCGGCAUAGGGUUGAAAGUAUCAUAUCAUUUUCUCAUGAUUUUGUUGGUGAUUUGCAAGGCGAUCAGCUCCGGCGAUACAUUGAAAUAAAGCAGUCGGAUCUUCCAAGUGCUGUGGCUGCAAAAAAAACUAAAGAGUUUCGUUGUCCCCCUAGAGAGCAGAUGAAUCAAAUACUGUGCUUUAAAAAUCUUGAGUCUGAUGAUCAAGAAAAUUGUACAUGUGGUUUAGAUUUAAGAAGUCGAUUGUAUGAUUUUCAUGAUAGCCUUAUGAAAAAGGUAUCUCUUAAUGCUCUGCAAGAACCCGAUGAAGUGGAUUGUAAUGCAAUUGAAGAAGUGAAAACGGGACCAAUUACAAAAAUUUAUAAUUUUAUAAAUGCUGUUAAAGAACUAGAGGAAGGGCCUAAAGAAAUUGAGGAACCGGAGAAGAAAACUCCAGAAGAAGUUUUUCGAAAAGUAUUAAUAAAAACUAUUGUCAGUUGGGCUGAAGAAUCGCAAAUAGAAAACCCGAAGCUUGUACGUGAGAUGUUCAGCUUAUUAGUUCGCCAAUAUGAUACUGUGGGUGAAUUGGUUCGAGCUCUGGGUAAAACCUACGUUAUUAAUAACAGAGCUAGAGAGGACGUAGCUGAAAUGUGGGUUGGUUUAAGUCAAAUUCGCGCUUUACUUCCGGUACAAAUGAGUCAAGAAGAGGAGGAGCUUAUGAGAAAACGUCUUUGGAAAUUGGUAAAUAAUGCUACAUUCUUCCAACACCCUGAUCUUAUACGAAUACUAAGAAUUCACGAGAACGUAAUGGCAGUUAUGAUGAAUACAUUAGGAAGACGAGCGCAAGCACAAAGUGAUGCUCCCCCCCAGACGGAAGGGGUAGAAGGCGCACCCCCAAAAGAAAAAGACACAUCUCAUGAAAUGGUGGUUGGAUGUUGUCGCUUCCUUUGUUACUUUUGUCGUACAGGUCGUCAAAAUCAGAAAGCCAUGUUUGACCAUUUUGACUUCUUAUUAGACAACGCAAAUAUCCUACUGGCAAGACCCAGUUUACGUGGUUCAACCCCAUUAGAUGUAGCAUAUUCUAGCUUGAUGGAAAAUACAGAACUGGCUCUAGCACUAAGAGAACAUUAUUUAGAAAAAAUUGCCGUUUAUUUGUCGCGAUGCGGACUGCAAAGCAAUUCAGAAUUAGUUGAAAAAGGCUAUCCAGACUUGGGAUGGGAUCCAGUAGAAGGUGAACGUUACUUAGACUUCCUAAGAUAUUGUGUAUGGGUAAACGGGGAAAGCGUCGAAGAGAACGCAAACCUUGUCAUUCGUCUUCUUAUCCGCCGUCCAGAAUGUUUAGGACCGGCUCUAAGAGGAGAAGGGGAAGGCUUAUUCCGCGCAAUAGUGGAAGCUAACCGCAUGUCAGAGCGUAUUUCUGAUAGAUGCAACAUGCAAAAUGAGGCCGAAGGAACAAUUGCUGGUUUAAAUUUCACACAUCCAUUGCCUGAGGGAGAUGAAGAUGAAGACUAUAUAGAUACUGGUGCAGCGAUUCUUAAUUUUUAUUGUACGCUUGUUGAUCUUCUUGGAAGAUGUGCUCCAGAUGCCUCCGUGAUUGAACAAGGAAAAAAUGAAUCGCUUAGAGCUAGAGCUAUUUUGAGAUCAUUGGUCCCACUGGAAGAUCUUCAAGGGGUUCUCAGUUUAAAAUUCACAUUGACACAAACACCACCAGGAGAAGAGAGACCAAAAUCAGAUAUGCCGUCCGGACUUCUACCAAACAAUAAACAAAGCAUUGUUCUAUUUUUAGAACGAGUAUAUGGUAUAGAAACACAAGAUUUAUUCUACCGAUUAUUGGAAGAUGCAUUUUUACCUGAUUUACGAACAGCCACUAUUCUUGAUAAGAGUGAUGGGUCGGAAAGUGACAUGGCCCUUUCGAUGAAUCGUUACAUUGGUAAUUCUAUACUACCAUUACUUAUAAAACAUUCGAAAUUUUACAAUGAGGCCGAAAAUUAUGCUAGCCUUUUGGACGCAACGUUGCACACUGUAUAUCGACUAUCAAAAAAUCGCAUGCUAACAAAGGGCCAGAGAGAAGCUGUAUCGGAUUUCUUGGUGGCACUUACAUCCCAGAUGCAACCUGCCAUGUUACUGAAACUAUUGCGCAAGUUGACUGUGGAUGUAUCCAAAUUAUCUGAAUAUACUACCGUGGCCUUAAGACUACUCACUCUUCACUUCGAUCGUUGUGCAAAAUAUUACGGUUCAUCUCAAGGUCAAGGGUCAUAUGGGGCAUCGUCUGAUGAAGAAAAACGAUUGACGAUGCUUCUGUUUUCUAAUAUUUUCGAUUCCCUGAGCAAUAUGGAUUAUGACCCGGAGUUAUUUGGAAAAGCAUUACCUUGUUUAAUUGCUAUUGGAUGUGCAUUGCCGCCUGAUUACAGUUUAUCGAAAAAUACUGAUGAAGACUAUUAUGGUCGACAAUCGGGAGCUCCGGAUCAGCCACAAUAUGAUCCCCAACCUAUUGAUACAGAACAAGUACAAUUAAACAAUGAUCUCGAAGCACUGGUGCAGAAAUUUAGUGAACAUUACCAUGAUGCCUGGGCAAGUCGACGUUUAGAAAGUGGAUGGUCCUAUGGCGAGAUACGUUCCGAUAAUGAUCGAAAACAUCCUCGCCUGAAGCCUUACAACAUGUUAAGUGAUUACGAACGUGAACGUUAUCGAGAUCCAGUGAGAGAAUGUCUGAAAGCCCUUGUUUCUAUUGGUUGGCGUAUUGAACAGUCAGAUAUUGAUGUUCCUCUCAAUCAUCGUGGAUCAACUCGUCGUCAAUCCAAACCACAAAUCAACGAUUUUCAGAGUGAAAGCAGUCCGUUCAACUAUAACCCACAUCCAGUAGAUAUGACAAAUCUAACGCUAAGUAGAGAAAUGCAAAAUAUGGCAGAACGUUUGGCUGAGAAUUCUCAUGACAUAUGGGCAAAGAAAAAGAAAGAAGAGCUUAACUCUUGCGGUGGUGUUAUACAUCCUCAACUUGUUCCUUAUGACUUAUUAACAGAUAAAGAAAAACGGAAAGAUCGUGAACGAUCACAAGAAUUUUUGAAGUAUAUGCAAUAUCAAGGCUACAAAUUACACAAGCCAUCUAAAGGAGGAGUUACAGAAGGAGAAGGAGGAGCCACACAAGCAGCAGUGGAACUUCGAUUUUCAUAUUCUCUAUUAGAAAAAUUAAUUCAAUAUUUGGAUCGAGCUACUAUUAAUAUGAAGCUACUUAAGCCAUCGACCACAUUUAGCCGACGCUCAUCAUUCAAAACGGCUUCGCGUGACAUAAAAUUUUUCUCAAAAGUUGUACUUCCAUUAAUGGAAAAAUAUUUUUCUACACACCGUAACUAUUUUGUUGCAAUGGCAACGGCAACAAACAUCACAGGCGCAGCUUCUCUGAAGGAAAAAGAAAUGGUAGCAUCUAUAUUUUGUAAAUUAGCAUCACUUCUUCGUAAUCGCCUUAGCGCCUUUGGACCAGAUGUGCGAAUCACAGUACGGUGUCUUCAAGUAUUAGUGAAGGGCAUAGAUGCUAAAACACUAGUUAAAAAUUGUCCAGAGUUUAUAAGAACAUCAAUGCUAACAUUUUUUAAUCAAACUGCUGAUGAUCUGGGUAAUACGAUUCUUAAUUUACAAGAGGGCAAGUAUAGUCAUCUUCGAGGCACACAUUUAAAAACAUCUACUUCAUUGAGCUAUGUAAAUCAAGUAGUACUACCAGCAUUAACUGCUAUGUUCGACCAUUUAGCUGCUUGCGAUUAUGGCAGUGAUCUUCUAUUAGACGAAAUACAAGUAGCUUCGUACAAAAUAUUAGCGGCAUUGUAUCACCUAGGAACUGAUGGAACGCUCACACAUGAUCGAAAAUAUUUGAGAACCGAAAUAGAGCGGCAUCGGCCUGCACUAGGCUCGUGCUUGGGCGCCUUCAGUUCUUGUUUCCCAGUCGCUUUCUUAGAACCACAUCUUAAUAAGCACAAUCAAUAUUCACUACUUAAUCGCAUUGCAGACCACUCAUUAGAAGCUCAAGAUAUUAUGGUUCGUAUGGAAAACUGCAUGCCAAAUUUAGAAACAAUUCUGGGAGAAGUCGAUAUCUUUGUUGAAUCAGAAAAAACAUAUAAUGAUGCACCGCAUAUAAUAGACGUUAUUUUACCUUUACUUUGCUCCUAUCUUCCGUUUUGGUGGGCACAGGGUCCGGAUAAUGUUAGCCCCACCAGUGGCAAUCACGUGACUAUGGUAACAGCAGAUCAUAUGAACUCACUUCUUCGUAACGUUUUAAAAAUGAUUAAAAAGAAUAUUGGGAAUGAUAAUGCUCCUUGGAUGACGAGAAUCGCUGCAUACACACAACAAAUAAUUAUUAACACUUCUGAAGAGUUGCUAAAGGAUCCGUUUUUGCCACUCGCCGAGCGUGUGAAAAAACGGACAGAAAAUAUGUUUCAUAAAGAAGAGAGUAUGCGUGGUUUUAUUAAAUCGGCCACUGAUGACACUUCUCAAGUGGAAACUCAGUUACAAGAAGACUGGCAACUUCUUGUUCGGGACAUUUAUUCGUUUUAUCCACUUUUGAUUAAAUAUGUUGAUUUGCAACGUAAUCACUGGCUUAAAGACAAUAUCCCCGAAGCGGAAGAUUUAUAUAAUCAUGUAGCUGAAAUAUUUAACAUAUGGUCAAAGAGUCAAUACUUUCUUAAGGAAGAGCAAAACUUCAUUUCGACCAAUGAAAUUGACAAUAUGGCGCUUAUUAUGCCUACGGCUACCAGACGAUCAGCAAUUACUGAAGGGGCACCCGUAACAGGUGGUAAAGUUAAGAAGAAGAAAAAGAACAGAGAUAAAAAGAGAGACAAAGAUAAAGAAGUACAAGCUAGUCUAAUGGUAGCUUGUCUGAAGCGUUUGCUUCCAGUUGGCUUAAAUUUGUUUGCUGGGAGAGAACAGGAGCUUGUACAGCAUUGCAAAGAUCGCUACUUGAAAAAAAUGCAAGAAUAUGAUGUUAUAGAAUUUGCUCGAAAUCAGUUGACACUUCCUGACAAAUUAGAUCCUUCAGAUGAAAUGUCAUGGCAACACUAUUUGUAUUCAAAGUUGGGAAAAAGAGAGGAACUCGCAGAUGAACAGGCAUUGGAAAAACCUUCAAAUCAAAAUGAUAAAAGCAAGGACAAGACGCAAGAAACUGUUGACCGUAUAGUAGCCAUGGCUAAAGUUCUGUUCGGUUUACAUAUGAUUGACCAUCCCCAACAACAAAGCAAGAACGUCUACAGGAGUGUUGUAUCCAUACAAAGGAAACGUGCCGUUAUUGCAUGUUUCCGUCAGACAUCUCUACAUUCUCUACCCAGACAUCGAGCCUGCAACAUUUUUGCCAGAUCGUACUAUGAGCAAUGGCUUCAAGAAGAAAACGUAGGUCAAGAGAUAAUGAUUGAAGACUUGACGCAAACGUUUGAAGAAUCGGAGAAAUCCAAGAAGGAAGAAGAAGAGUCUGAAGGUAAGCCAGAUCCACUUACGCAGCUAGUUACUACUUUCUGUCGUGGAGCGAUGACCGAACGAAGCGGAGCUUUGCAAGAAGAUUUACUCUAUAUGUCAUACGCACAAAUCGCUGCAAAGUCCUGUGGAGAAGAAGAAGAAGAGGGUGGCGAUGAAGAGGGUGGAGGAGAGGGCAAUGAGGAAGGAGCAAGCAUACAUUGCACAAUACAUAAACUAGCGGUAAUAAGCCAUACUUAUGAACAAGAAAUGGAAAAACAGAAACUUCUCUUCCAUCAAGCGCGGCUCUCAAAUCGUGGCGUUGCGGAAAUGGUGCUGCUUCAUAUAUCCGCUUCAAAAGGUGUGCCCUCUGAAAUGGUUAUGACAACAUUAAAUUUGGGUAUAGCAAUACUCCGUGGUGGUAAUAUAGACAUUCAGAUGGGAAUGUUGAAUCAUCUGAAGGAGAAAAAAGAUGUGGGUUUCUUUACAUCAAUUGCAGGUCUUAUGAAUUCAUGUAGUGUAUUAGAUUUGGAUGCAUUUGAACGCAAUACAAAGGCAGAAGAGUACAUUCCAAGUGCGGGUGCAGGUCUUGGUGUAGGUUCGGAAGGAGCUGCUGGCGAGAAAAACAUGCAUGAUGCUGAGUUUACUUGUGCAUUGUUUCGAUUCAUUCAAUUGACUUGCGAAGGGCACAACCUAGAUUGGCAAAACUAUUUGCGUACGCAGGCAGGCAACACAACUACAGUCAACGUGGUGAUAUGUACUGUUGAUUACUUACUACGUCUACAAGAAUCCAUAAUGGACUUUUAUUGGCACUACUCUAGUAAGGAGAUCAUAGAUCCGGCAGGAAAGGCUAACUUCUUCAAAGCAAUUGGUGUGGCAAGUCAAGUAUUUAACACAUUGACUGAGGUCAUUCAAGGUCCAUGUACAUUAAAUCAACAAGCUUUAGCGCAUUCUCGUUUAUGGGACGCUGUUGGGGGUUUCCUCUUUCUUUUCUCGCAUAUGCAAGAAAAGUUGUCAAAGCAUUCUAGCCAAGUGGACUUAUUGAAAGAGCUACUUAAUUUGCAAAAAGACAUGAUUACUAUGAUGCUUUCUAUGCUCGAAGGAAACGUUGUUAAUGGUACAAUCGGAAAACAAAUGGUGGACACACUGGUCGAGUCGGCUGGCAACGUAGAAUUAAUUCUAAAAUACUUCGAUAUGUUUUUAAAAUUGAAAGAUUUGAUUGAAUCUCCAAGCUUUACGGAAAUUGAUAUUAAAAAUGAGGGCUGGGUGACUCCAAAAGACUUUAGGGAUAAAAUGGAGCAAUCUAAAAAUUACACACCAGAUGAAAUGGACUUUCUUUUGGCAUGCUGUGAACGUAACCACGAAGGCAAAAUUGACUAUGGCGAUUUCGUUGAUCGUUUUCAUGAGCCAUCAAAAGAGAUCGGUUUUAAUUUAGCCGUAUUGUUAACGAAUCUGAGCGAACAUAUGCCGAAUGAGCCUCGUUUAGCCCGAUUCUUAGAGACAGCUGGAUCGGUGUUGAAUUAUUUUGAACCCUUCCUUGGCCGUAUUGAGAUUUUGGGCAGCUCCAAGCGUAUCGAGCGCGUAUAUUUUGAAAUAAAAGACUCAAAUAUUGAACAAUGGGAAAAGCCACAAAUUAAAGAGUCCAAGAGGGCAUUCUUCUAUUCAAUUGUCACCGAAGGUGGAGACAAGGAAAAAUUAGAAGCUUUCGUUAAUUUCUGUGAAGAUGCUAUUUUUGAAAUGACACACGCCUCGGGCUUAAUGGCAACUGACGAUGGUGGUGGUAAUGUUAAACGGGAUACUGCUUACAGUUCCUAUAUGAGCGAAGAAGAGGAAGAACGUGCCGCACGGGAUCCUAUACGACGGACCAUGCAAGCUAUCAAAGACGGUCUUAAGUUCAUAGUGCAUAUCCUAAGUCCAUCAAAUAUAAAACAUCAAAUUGGGGUAAUGCAAACCAAGUCGGUGCCAGAACUUAUUAUUGGAUUCUUCAAAAUGAUAUUUUAUAUGUUUUAUUAUACUGGCUACGGAAAUUUCUGUGUAGUGCGUUACCUUUUCGGAAUACUAAUGAAUCUAAUGCGUGGCCCAGCACCGGAAGAAAUCGAAGCUCCACCAAUGGAGGAGGAAACAUUUGGUAAGAUGUUGCCAGCAUUACCUAUUGAAGAACCUCCGGGACCAGUGCAGGCUUUUGGACUUGAAUUAAACAAAGAAGAAAAUGGUCAGUUCAAAGUAACAGUUCGUGAAUCACCCGGUGGUAGUGGUAACUCUUCAUUAGAAGAAACGGGUGAAUCAAGUCCAGAAGAGGGAGGAACAGCUGCUGAUCAAGCGGUAGAGAAUGAAUCGUAUCAACUUCAAGAACCAAUAUCAAUCGUUGAUUUACUAGGAGGAGAAGCUGCUAAAAAAGCAGCACAAGAACGGCAAGAGGCACAAAAGGCCCAAGAAGCGGCUAUGGCUUCAAUUGAAGCCGAAGCUAAGAAAAAGUCAUCAGCAACUGCUCAAGAAACACCAGCGGUUAAUCAAAUUGACUUUGCUCAGUACGCACAUCGUGCCGUUAGUUUCCUCGCACGUAAUUUUUAUAACCUUAAAUAUGUUGCAUUGGUUUUAGCUUUUAGUAUAAAUUUUAUGUUACUCUUCUAUAAAGUAACAUCUUUUGGUGAUGAUGAAGAGGCUUCAGGUGAUGAUGAACUUAUUCUUGGUUCUGGAUCUGGCGGUAGUCUAACAGCAUCCGGAUUUGCUGGAGGUUCAGGAGAUGGUUCUGGCGAUGGUGCAGGCGACGAAGAAGACUUACCAGAACUAGUACAUGUUGACGAAGAUUUCUUCUAUAUGGCUCACGUCAUACGCAUAGCUGCUUUUUUACAUAGUUUAGUCUCUCUAGCAAUGCUGAUUGCUUACUACCAUUUAAAAGUACCUUUAGCCAUUUUCAAGAGGGAGAAAGAGAUAGCUCGUCGAUUAGAAUUUGAUGGUCUCUUCAUUGCAGACCAACCGGAAGAUGACGAUUUUAAAUCACACUGGGACAAAUUAGUGAUUUCUGCUAAGUCAUUCCCCGUUAACUAUUGGGACAAGUUUGUGAAAAAGAAGGUGAGACAGAAGUACAGCGAAACAUAUGACUUUGAUUCAAUCUCUAAUCUACUUGGAAUGGAGAAAAGCGCUUUCAUGGCGCAGGAGAGUGAGGAAGGUGGAUUGGUGAAGUACGUAAUGAAUAUAGAUUGGCGUUAUCAAGUAUGGAAAGCAGGGGUUACAUUUACCGAUAACGCUUUCCUUUACUCGCUGUGGUAUUUCUCAUUCUCAGUGAUGGGCAACUUCAAUAACUUUUUCUUCGCAGCCCAUUUACUCGAUGUAGCCGUAGGAUUUAAAACACUUCGCACCAUUUUACAAUCGGUCACUCAUAACGGAAAACAACUUGUUCUCACUGUAAUGCUACUAACAAUUGUAGUAUACAUUUAUACAGUAAUUGCGUUCAAUUUUUUCCGCAAAUUUUACAUACAAGAAGAAGAUGAAGAGGUAGAUAAAAAAUGUCAUGACAUGUUGACUUGUUUCGUAUUCCACUUAUAUAAAGGAGUGCGGGCAGGAGGAGGAAUCGGUGAUGAAAUUGGAGAUCCCGACGGAGAUGACUACGAAGUUUAUCGUAUUAUUUUUGACAUCACAUUCUUCUUUUUCGUUAUUAUUAUACUUCUAGCCAUUAUUCAAGGUUUGAUUAUAGAUGCUUUUGGUGAGUUACGUGACCAACUUGAAUCGGUUAAAGAAAAUAUGGAAUCAAAUUGUUUUAUAUGUGGCAUGGGAAAAGAUUUCUUUGACAUAGUUCCUCACGGUUUUGAUACUCACGUGCAAAAGGAGCAUAAUCUUGCAAAUUACAUGUUCUUCUUAAUGCAUCUAAUCAAUAAGCCGGAUACAGAAUACACUGGUCAGGAGACUUAUGUAUGGAAUAUGUAUCAACAGAGGAGUUGGGACUUCUUCCCAGUAGGUGAUUGCUUCCGUAAACAAUAUGAAGACGAGCUAUCAGGAGGUGGUGGAAGUAGUUAAACAAAACAUUUAUUCACAUGUUACAUCGUUGAGAAUAUUUUAGAAAGCACUGAUCUUUCAAUUAUAAAUAAAAUAUUACGAUUUAUUCUUUGUAAAUAAUUACUCUUUAUUGAAUGAUAAUAUUAUAUUGGAAUUAUAUUUACAAAGUAUAUCUAAAGUUGAAAAAAAUAAUAAUUUUUAAUAUCGAGCGUAAUAUUUCAUUGGUUUCCAAUCAGAUUUAGGGAAAUGAAAAGAUCUGUAUAACUACACGAAUUUGAUAUCAAAUAAAAUAUGCACUGAGCUUAAAAAAAUUAGAUCAAA